UGCUAAAUGCAAAAAAACUCGAGUGGCAGUUUGAUUUCGACCGCUAUGUCCCAGGCUGCUCGGGCUUCAAAUAACUUCAUGUUUCCAUUAUUGAUUGCUCCAAGGAAACAUGAUCUCUAGAGAUCGACAAACCGAAGCUAAUGUUAGCUAAUGUUAGAAUAUUGAAUCUCAAACAAAGGGGCGGUUUAUAACAACGCCAGCGUCCACCCACCAGUAAACCAUCGCUAAUGUUAUCAAAUUAGCAUCAGCUAUGAUAAACAACAGCCGAAGUUAAAGACGGACGUUAGCAUUUGACCUAUUAACUAAUAAUCGUUUCUAUGCUUUCUAGCAUUCUCCAUGCUUUCAAGCUAGCUAACCGGAUGCUAGCCCGUUAGCUCACAAGAAAAUAUAUUCGCAAACCGACAUCCAGCAUCUGACCAAGCUUUAUCACCUAGUUUGGUGUUUAUUUAUCACCUCGCAAUUUCAACAUGCCAUCUGACGUAUUCUGAGAUAAACUGGGAUGAUGGAUUUUAAUUAUAUGGGUCACUGCUAUGUUCCCGUUUCAGUAAUAUCUGAGUUGGCCACACGUAACGCCAGCGUUAGAUAAUUGAUGUUUAGAUAAUCUUUUCUCCUGGAUGGUCCAGAAGAGCGGAUUGUGACUAAAAAUAAGCUAUGGAGCAGUACACCACUGCCACCACCACCACUGGGGAGCAAAUAGUUGUGCAGACUACCAAUGGGCAGAUCCAGCAGCAGACACAGGGCACAGUGACAGCUGUGCAGCUACAAACAGAGGCGCCAGUGGCGACGGCCUCAGGCCAGCAGGUGCAGACACUCCAGGUAGUCCAGGGACAGCCUCUGAUGGUCCAGGUGAGCGGCGGCCAGCUCAUCACAUCCUCAGGGCAACCUAUCAUGGUGCAAGCAAUGUCAGGGGGUCAGGGUCAAACCAUAAUGCAGGUUCCUGUCUCUGGGGCUCAGGGGCUUCAGCAGAUUCAGCUGGUGCAGCCAGGUCAGAUCCAAUUGCAAGGCAGUCAGACUCUCCAGCUCCAGGGCCAACAGGGUCAGCCCCAGCAGAUCAUCAUCCAGCAGCCCCAGACAGCCAUCACCGCUGGACAGAACCAGGGGCAGCAGCAGAUCAGUGUGCAGGGCCAACAGGUGGCACAGACAGCUGAUGGACAGACAAUUGUCUACCAGCCUGUGAAUGCAGAUGGUACCGUCCUGCAGCAGGGAAUGAUCACAAUUCCAGCUGCCAGCUUGGCCGGCGCCCAGAUUGUACAGGCAGGUGGCACAAAUACCAGCACCACUAACAGCGGCCAAGGCACUGUGACCGUCACCCUGCCUGUCUCUGGCAACAUGGUCAAUGCAGGUGGAAUGGUCAUGGUAAGGCCUUGUGCAGAGAUGGUGCCUGGAGGUGGAGGAGUUCCCACAAUGCAGCGUAUUCCCCUGCCAGGGGCUGAAAUGCUCGAGGAAGAGCCUCUCUAUGUCAACGCCAAACAGUACCAUCGCAUCCUGAAACGAAGACAAGCCCGGGCCAAGCUUGAGGCUGAGGGCAAGAUUCCCAAAGAAAGGAGGAAAUACCUACACGAGUCUCGUCACCGUCACGCUAUGCAGCGUAAACGAGGAGAUGGAGGACGUUUCUAUUCACUCAAGGAGAAGGAGGAAAUGGCAUUGGCCCUGUCACAGCAGCAGCAGGAAGUAACCCAGGCAGCAGCAGACGAGACAGUGGCCCAAAUGAUCCGAGUCUCGUAGCACUGUUGCCAACAUCAUCACUUCUGUCUGUGCACUCUACCCGUCUGAGGCGCCUCAUCCCAGCUAAACCAUCUUCCACACCUUCUCUUCUCCCUUUUUUUUUUUCUCCCACCUGCUCCAUUGUCUUACACCAAACUCCAGCUCCGCCACCGGAUGUUUUCUUUUAUCUCUCUGCUCUUAAGCUGGUCUUCUGGGGAGCUGGCUAUGUGGCUGCUAAGGCUGUGGACUGUUCUGGUCUUCUUUGAAACAGUGGAUGCUUCCAUUCUCCAUUUUACUGGUCGAGCUCUUAGGAACACCUUUUUAUUUUCAUAACGAUUUGGUUGGACAAUAAUGAAACAUGAAGUUAUGGUUAACGAGGGCCAGCCACACAGGAGAAAUGACAGUGGUGAAGCCAUACUCAGACCAUGGUCUAUUUAAAAUAUAAUUUGACAUCAGUGGAUACUUAGUGCUUUAAAUAUUUGUUUAUGUAAAUGGUACAGUUUUUUUCCUCAUAAAGCCUUGAUGCUACACCAG